UUAUUCGAACACCCGUAAGUACUCACUGAUCUAAAUCGUCCACCUUAGCCCGCAAUGGUUCGAAUUCACCAUUCUCAAAAUGUUGCUCGAACCUACAAGCUGUUCGAGCAAAGAAUGCUGGCCGCAAGUUCUGCACGUAAUAUGAUGCAAUACAGUGAGGAUACCAUCAAACAGCUCACACCCGAAGAAGUAGAUGAAUUUCGAGAGGCAUUCAUGAUGUUCGACAAAGAUGGCAAUGGUACGAUAUCGACUAAAGAACUUGGAAUUGCAAUGCGAUCUCUAGGACAAAAUCCAACUGAACAGGAAAUCCAAGAAAUGAUCAAUGAAGUCGAUUUGGAUGGUAACGGCCAGAUCGAGUUCCCAGAGUUCUGUGUGAUGAUGAAGCGAAUGAUGAAGGAAACCGAUUCCGAAAUGAUUCGUGAAGCUUUCCGGGUAUUCGACAAAGACGGGAAUGGAGUGAUUACCGCUCAAGAGUUCCGAUAUUUCAUGAUACACAUGGGUAUGCAGUUUUCCGAGGAAGAAGUAGACGAAAUGAUCCGAGAAGUUGAUGUCGAUGGUGACGGUGAGAUCGACUACGAAGAAUUCGUGAAGAUGAUGUCUGAACGAUAAAUGCGCAUAUCAGUGUAUGAUCGAAUUUGCUCCUACGAUAAUCGUAGAUUCAAUGCUCCACGGAAUAUUUCCGUUCCCAUUUUCCCAAUUUUUUUAUUGAAAUUUCCUUCGACAAGUGUUGUGUUCAUUUUCUUUCUGUUUGGCAGAACGACAGUGGUCCUUCAGGGCCAUGUCAUUCUCUAGACAUGAAGACUGAGUGAUUUUCUCAUUCCCUUUGAACUUCGCACAUACAUUCCCCCGUCUCUAACGCUAGUACAUAUUGAAACUAUUGUUUGUGUGUUUUUCUUCACCUCUUGUCCAACAAAUGAGGCGAUUAUCGUCUGUACUGUUCACUUUUGUGUGAAUUCUUCU